AUGAGCACAAAAAUUGAGGGGUCUGAAUAAUUUUAUUCGGAGUUAACUGAAUAAGGAGAUGAUUCCAACAUACUAAUAAGUAACCAAGACCCGAUUACAUUGUAUAAUAAAUUUAUCAAAGUAUAUAACUUAGAUGAUAAUAAAGUUAAUGGAAUAACUUUAAAUUACAUGAUAUCAAGUAAAGUGGUUUAAUUCAUUCAUAACUAUUUAAGGAAUUAUUUGGGAAUAGCUGUCUUUUUAUUAAUUCUGAUUCUACUUCCUUUUAUCAAUCUAUUAUUUUACAUCUUGCUUUUAGUGGCUUGGAUUAAACUAACAUAGAAUUAUGCAAUAUUUCAAUAGAAUAUAGGACAGGUCAUGGAUCCCUUUGCAAAUAUGAUUGAAAAUUAAGACCUUUGUGAAAUGAUGAAAAAGAAUUAUGUUAUCUUCAAUAUGGAGCUCAAGGAAAACGAAGGCUUACACUUCUCUACCAAGGUUAAGGAAAUGAUUAAAAAUAGAUCGAAUGGAAACAAUAAAAUUAAAUAUACAAUCUAUAAUUAAACAUUAAAGGAAUAAUUUUAUGGAUAUCCAAAUUCAAGAAUAACAUAUCUAAAAUGGAUCUUAGUCUCAACUGUAAUCGUAAUAAUUUAAAUAACAUUAAUGAUCAUAUAUAUUUCGAAGAUUUGA